AUGGCUGCACUCCCCAUCGCGACUGCACACGACCUGCCCGUCGACGCUGCCUUCACCAAGGGCCUGCCCAAGAUUGAGGUACUGCUCCAGCCUCCUCGGUCCCUAGUCAUCGCGCCAAGGACGCUCAGACUUCCGUUCGCUGCUGCUAAUGACGCGACUCAGCUUCAUGCCCACUUAACCGGCAGCAUCAGUCGCGACUGCCUGCACGCCAUAUGGGAGACAAAGAAAGCACGGCAUCCUGACUUCGACCUCGAGGAUCCCUGGCUUGCUAUACCCGCGGGCAAGGUCGACUACGAUAUCAAAACGUUCUUCCCGCUGUUUUCGUCAUACAUCUAUCGCCUUUGCAGUGAUUUGCCGAGCAUUCAGUACUCCACCAGGGCUGUGUUGCAAGACUUCCAGGAUGAUGGGGUGGUAUACGUUGAGCUUCGAACGACCCCGAGAGCGAUCCUUGGAGAGGGCGUAACCAAGGAUGAUUACGUGAAGACCGUUUUGGACAUACUCAAUGCCCAUAACGACGAUGCUAACAACACCAUGCGAGCUUUCCUCAUACUGUCAAUCGACCGUCGCAACAACAUCGCAGACGCGGAAGAAGUCGUCGAUCUUGCCAUCAAGUAUCAGUCCGCCGGCGUUGUUGGUGUCGACCUAUGCGGCGACCCAGCGAAAGGUGACAUUCGCAUCUUCGGCGAUAGCUUCGCUCGGGCAAAGGCUGCCGGACUGAAGAUCACGCUGCACUUUGCCGAGAGCGAAAAUUCUUCCUCGGAUUUGGAGUUGCAAAUACUCCUGUCAUGGCAACCUGACAGACUGGGCCAUGUCAUACAUGUCAAAGAUGAGUUUAAGAAGACCAUCGAAGAGCACGGAAUCGGCGUCGAGCUGUGCCUCAGCUGUAACGUGCAUGCUAAGAUGAUCACGGGCACUUACUCGGACCACCACUUUGGAGUGUGGCGACACAGCAGUGUUCCCGUCGCUCUGAGCGCUUCCAUCUUUCACGCCGGCAAGGACGUUCGCAGCUCCAGCAUGGCUAUCGUCCCACUGAACAGCGUAGUCUUCACGCUCUUCUUGAUCCUUUCUCUAAUCGCCGGGACUGCUGCUCAAAGCUCGGCUCAGGCUGGUACCGACACCUCACCAAGCGCAUCACAGGCUUCUGUGCAGGCUUCCUUUCAGGCUUUGCAGGCUGCCUCUCAGACUUCACUGGUUACAUCUCAGACCUCUCAGGCUACUUCCCAGCCUUCUCAGGUCGCCUCUCAGACCACUCAAGCUAUCUCUCAGGCCGCGUCGCCAAGCACUACUCCGACCAAUUCACAAGCUGCCUCCGCGGCGCCCAUUGUAGUCCCCGACGUCGACGCGGACAAGAAUUUCGUGAUCGGCAAUACUUGUGACCCCGAUCAAAAGAACAUCAUCAAAACCGCCUUUGUUGGGACUGGCACGUUAGCCUUCUAUGGAAUGCUGGAUUGGUCAAAUGCCAAUCUUGGACAAGACCUACCCUUCGUGGAGAAUCUUGGUACCAGCGCUAUUCCGAAUGCUAGCACAGUCGAGAGCGUAUUUAAGGACUAUUCAAGCGCAACCGUGAGUGCUGCUUGGAAGAUCAAUGCGGUUUGCGACAUCAAGAACGAGACAGCGGCAUGUCAAAGUAAACACGUGUAUGGCGGCAUAGGCAGCGAAGGCCCCCGGGUGGACCUCAAACCUAAUCUCUACUUUUGUUGGGAGUACUUCCGAUUCCCUCCUCUGAACGAGGCAGUACAGAUGGGCCUGAGCGAUUCAGUCGACUGGACGCGCCGUUUCAAUAUGGGCUCUUAUCAUGAGAACCAAGCUUCCGCACUCUUGCGAGCUUUGCUCUACUAUCUCCCACAACGAGAGGGCUGGAACCGGCAUAUCUCCAACCUGUGGGUGUACAUGCGAUAUGCGGGUGGGGCGAGCAAAUGGACAGCUUGCUAUGGCGUAUACUGCAUUAAGCUCCUAGCUCAGUUGGCUGACACCGAUAACUAUGCUCUUUUUGCGUUGCAGAAGUACGUUUCUCGUCAACUUGGGGAAUCUAACAGUCUUGGAGCAUCCAACUUUCCAUGGCUUCCUCGUCUCGAAGAUGGUCCAAAUCCCAUCAUUCGGCCUCUUCUUUUGGGAGAUAUCCAGACCUUCCAUGCGACUCCGGAAUUUAGCGCAGAGAGUGAUUCCCAGUGGUAUUACGACGUCGAGCGAUACCAGAAGACAGACAUUUUGGACUUCAAGGAUCAACUUCCAAAAGGAUCUCAGGCUGAUCUAGAGAAUGCGCCCUGGUCCUUUGGCGCCACCACAUCCGGUUUUAAAGUACUUCGUGACAAGUUCCUGAAGGUGUUCAACGAAGCAAAACAGAACGGCAUGUCCAACCUGGGUGCAUCAAAAGAAUACACAUGCUAUCGCGAAGAUAAAGCCGCGUUCCCGGACGCCAUAGCCUUUACAUUUGACGAAGUUCAGAGUGAAUUGGACAACUUUUGCAAGAACAAAGUCAACGACUACAUGCUCGCUGGCAAGCCUCUACAUCCGCGCAUCUUCCAAAUCGAUAAGGAAGUCGAGUUGUAUACACCACUACCGGAUGGUACAAAGGAUCUGGUUUACUAUGUCUCCCCAAGCCCUGAUAGCUUCAUGACAGGGAAGAAUUUAUCUGUAUAUUUCGAAGGAAUACAAUCCGACGAGAAAGCUUCGCAUUGCAUAGCAACAUACAACGACCUCAUUACACAUUGUGAUGGAGGAGACAGUGACGACAAAUAUGGUGGCUAUCUCAAAAUUAACGACAUGAUCUUCGCCGUAGGCGCUAUGACGCAUCCAUCAGCCCACUGGGACAUACCACGGACCUUGGAAUCUAAAUGCACGGAUUACAAUGCCACCAGUGCAUGGCGGAUCGCACCCUUCAUCGAUAUCAACGAUAGCGAACGUACGGGGCGGCUCUCGGACAACUAUGCUCUUUUUGCCCUAUCCAACUAUGUAUCGCAGGCUAUCGGCGGUACGGUUCCUUACUUCCCUAGAAUUGAUGAUGAUCCAUCUUUCGGCAAAAUGGUCGUUCCUUUCAAUAACGAAGAAUCUGCCCAAAUCCAAGUAAAAGGCUGGUUCCACUGGCGCGGACUUUCCCAGCCGAACUACGACAUUUCUCUACUACAACCGGAUAAAACUGAAUUCGAUAUUGGGACUGAGCUUGACGAAGAACGAAAGGCCGAUAUACUAAGCGCCCCGUAUUACAGAAAACUCCCAGACGAGUCCGUAAGGGGCAAGGAGGACUCAUGGAUCGGUACCUUUGUAGACGCCCACAAAGACCAGCUACUCAAUACGGAUGCAACGUCCGACCGUACUUGCUUCGGUGAAGGCCAUGACCAGUACCCAAAUGCGAAAGAAUUCGACGGAGAGGAGGCAGUUGGCUUUGCCCAACAGUUCUGCGAAGACAUCAUCAAGCACUGGGACAAGACGACCCCAAUUCCACCAUCUGUGCGCGAUACCUCGGACUUCCGUAACGCAAGUAGGGCGUACAAACUCACAAAAACAAACGCCGACUCACAUGUUGGAUUCUUUGCGGUCGCUGAUCCUGCGUUGUUCAUACAAGCUCGAACCACUUGGCACUUUUUUGAAGGAGCGACAGACGACGACAAAGUCGACCACUGUCGCUUGACUUACAAGGAUAUCAUACGCAAUUGCGAUGCCGACGCCACCAAAAGACGUGGUGGCGUGCUCAAGCUCAACGACCGCCUCUACGGCGUCUACGUCACACCGGAUGAGCGAGAGGACAAACUUCCCUGGCUCACAGAUUACACUGCUCUCGGUGAUCUCAAGUGUGCGAAUUACAAUGACACAAGCAACUGGCAUAUACAAACAUCCAUCGAAGGUACAUCAAAGACAGAGUCGCCUGUUGACAUCACCGAGAGGGAAAAAUUGAGUAACAUUUGCUCAUGCUGGUACUCUGCUUUUCCGUUCACCUUCGAUCUGUUUUGCAAAGGUUCCGCAUCAAAGUGUGAGGAUUUGGCGGCCGACGACAAGAGGAAAGCGGCGCUUUGGGACGAUUUUGCAUGCGCAUUGUAG